AUGCCAAAGACGACGCCCGUGGACGGCGCUGCCGCCGCCAAACCCGCCAAACGCUUCGAGCUGCCGUCAUUGAACUUCAACUUCGGCUCGCUGACGGACGGCACGGAUAUACCUCCGCCCCAGCCGUCGCCUGUGCUGGAGGUCCCAACUCCGCCCAAAACGCCGGUAGAGGAAAAUGGGCCGAAGAAAGAAAGCAAUGGCACCGUCAAUGGGCACGCCAAUGGGGCAGGAACGUCGCCGCAGUCCGACAUCACUAGCACGACAGUGGGGGGCCUCAAACGCCCCAUCGAAGAGGGCCCAGUGUCGCCGACCUACUCCAGCCGCGGAAGUCUGAGGAAGUAUCUGAGCAAGAACCUCCUGAACACCACGUACGAAGAACAUGGGGCAGUUCCUGGACAGGAAGUCUCGCGGCCGCCGAGCCGCACGGCGAGCACCAUUGCUUCCGAGCGAAAGUCCAAGAGAGGCAGUGGCUGGUUUCGACGUCUGCGAUCAAAUGAUUCGAAACGAGACAGUGUGGUGCAGUUUGAAGAAGUCAAGAAGGAGCCGCCGCCGCCCAUGAUCCCGGAGCUGAGCGCUUGGGAGAGCAAGGUCGACACUAACCUCAGCGACGACUUUCUCAAGGAGAUCAGAUAA